CAACUGGAACAGCAAUUUCUCCAUUCCCAACUGGUAGCUACCUCGAGUGAUCCAGCUAGCUAACGAACGCUUCACAUUGAAAAAACGGUAUUUUGAGAGUUCUGGGUUGUUGGUUCUUAUCUACUUUCCUACUAGUAUACCCUCCGUUUGGUAAAAUUCGAAGAAUAAUAUAGAUUAUUUUAAUUCUACUGCACAAAACAAGUGCAAAGUUAAUAGCUACAUUUAAGCUAAUUUGCUAGCAUUGCUAGUUAGGAAAGCUAACAUUACGGUAUUUUGUUUUCUGAGAUUUGGCUAAAAGGGCGGGUAUUCUUUUUUUUGCCAUCCCUCCAUCGCAGCCACCAACAGCUUGUUAUUGCUCAUUGGAAGACUGUAGUAAAUCGUAGCUAGCGUGCUCGUUAGCUUGAUAAUAUCGUGCGUAUUCAGCCAGGAAGCCAAUUCAAGGCCUUGCUUACCACAAGUCUUUGCAUCGUCGUGCAGUGAGAGCUGACAGCUUACUUGGUGACAAAGAGACUUCUCCCUGAGGAGCCAAGAAGUAGACGGCUCAUGACUUCUGACCAGGAUACAAAAGUUGUAGCUGAACCACAGGUGCAGCAAGUACAAGAAGCAAAAGAGAGCUCUCAUCUGGAAUCUGCCAAGUUUUCUGACCUGAACCCCAAUGCGAAAGCAUGGGCCAAUCACAUGCUUAACCUGGACACCGCCACUGCGACUGGGACUGCGAACACACCUGCUCUCCAGCCAUGGAAGGAUGGCUGCGAUAGCAGCUCGGCUGACCCUGGGCCAGAAGGCUAUGAAGCCAGCAAAGACAAAGUGUUUGAGGAGCCCCUGUUGGCCGACCCAGAUGAGCCUCCGCCGGUGAUGGCAGAGCCUGCCCCCAUGGCCGCCAUCGUCACCCUGGAGGGCUCCGACCCUGCUGCAUACCCAGAGUCUGGCCAGGAGGCAACUCACACAGGCAGUGAGCUCCAGCAGGAGAGCCGUCAGGAGGACCUCCGGGAACACCUGAAGAAGACCCUGGAGUUCUGUCUGUCCCGGGAGAACCUGGCCAGCGACAUGUACCUUAUCUCUCAGAUGGAUAGUGACCAGUAUGUGCCAAUUGUGACGGUAGCUAACCUGGACCACGUCAAGAAACUCAGCACGGACGUGGAGUUAAUCGUUGAUAUCCUACGAUCUCUGCCGUUGGUCCAGGUAGAUGAGAAGGGGGAGAAGGUGAGACCCAACCAGAACCGCUGCAUCGUCAUCCUCCGAGAGGUCCCUGAGAGCACUCCUAUAGAGGAGGUCGAGGCUCUUUUUAAAGGAAAGAACUUACCUAAAUUCAUCAAUUCUGAGUUUGCCUACAAUGACAACUGGUUCAUCACCUUUGAAUCAGAAGCAGAUGCACAACAGGCAUAUCAGUAUCUUCGUGAAGAAGUGAAAACCUUCCAAGGGAAACCUAUUAAGGCACGGAUAAAGGCGAAGGCAAUUGCUAUCAACACUUUUAUGCCAAAGAAUGGCUACCGCCCGGUGGAGGUUCACCCUUACGCUCAACAGCAGCAGCAGCAGCAACAGCAACAACAACAACAGCGUUACACCUCCUACUACAUUCCUCCAGUGUACAGCCCUCAGCAGCAGUUCCCCCUCUACAGCCUCAUCACUCCACAGGCCUGGUCAGCCACCCACAGCUUCAUAGACCCUUCACUGGUUACAUCAUUUCACAACACCCAAUUCAUCAAUGGAUUUACAACAUCCCAUAGUUUUAAACCAGCGACAUCUCCUCUUGCUGGUGUUAGGCACUACUCUCCCAGGAAUAGGAAUCACACUCACAGUAAACCUCACCUGAGGCCCACAAUACCCAACGCAGAUCAGCGUGGCACAGGGCUCCUGGACAGCCCCACCAUCUUCAACUUCCCCACAGAGCGCAUCCUGAACGGGGUGCCCCGGGGUUCCCCCCAGACAACACGGCUCCCGAGCCAGAACAGAACCAGGUUAUCCCCCUCCACCAUGACCUACCCCAGGAGGGACAUCGGUACGGGUCGGGUGGAGCCCGUCAGCACCGACUACUCACUGGGCAUGGGCCGGGGAAGGACAAAUAUUUAUGGUUCUAGGAAAAAGAGGGAUGACAACAAGUUUACAAGAGUGGCCACCCAGUCACCCCCUCCUCAGAAGCCCCCGUCCCCCAGCUUUGAGCUGGGGCUCUCCAGCUUCCCCCCCCUGCCUGGGGCCGCAGGCCACCUCAAGACCCCUGACAACAUGUUUGAGAACAGACUGGCCAGCAUGGUAAUAGGAGCCACAAAGAAUGUAAGCGUUGAUGCCAGCGCUGCGGGCGCCCUCCUCCCCUCAGGAGGACCCAAGGAGCCACUGAGGACUUUCACGUCUCCACAGCCCCCGAGCCUCCUGCCCGCUGCUCCCCCAGCCCUGACCCUAGCACCAGCCUCUGCCCCUGUCACCACUCCCUCCCAACCCGCAGAGGAAGUGAAAGUUCCGGAGGCGAAGCUGAAGGAGACCCGGGUCUCUGCGGAGCUGGUCACUGACACCCUGUACACCGCUAGCAAAUCUGUUCAAGUCAAUGGGGCUGCUACAGAACUGCGAAAGCCCUCUUACGCUGAGAUCUGCCAGAGGAUUAAAGACCACGCGCCGACACUACAGGCCCCUAAAGAGGCCAAGCCAGCCAGCAGCGCUGCCUCCGCAGGAGAGGAGAGGAAGUGCCCUGAUGCAGCUCCAGGGGACAGGGGUGAGCCCAAGGCCCCCCGAGAGACAUACCCAGGCUUCUCCAAGCCUGCUAACCCAGGCAGACCCCGAGAGGUCCGGAGACCAACCGGCCGGUGGCCCUCACCUCCUCCCCACCACCCAGGGAAGGGUCCCAGCAGCAAGGAUCUCAACCCCCCCCCAAAGUACCUGCAGUAACCCCCAACUGCCAUAAAGUCAAUAUCAAAACAAACGUGUGAGAGGGAAAAAAUCUGGAAAAAGUCAGGGCUAUUGAAAUGCAACCUAUCCCAAAAUGAUCAGUCAGUCACAGCAUAGAGAGGACAUGUUUCUGGAUCAGGGCUUACUGACAAUAGCACCUCAGUGUGCAUGUAGAGAACCGUUCAUCUUUACUUAUUUAUUUUUUGGGAGGUUUAUUUCAUUUGGAUUUGUUUUGCAUUAUUUUGUGUCAAUCUGUCAAAUGUACUCUUGUUCAGAUUAGUGGGAUAAAUUCAUAUGUCCAAACUGCCUUCCAAGAUAGUAUUGUGAGAGUAGGUAGACUCGAAGCCACCCAGUGAGUGAAUGAAAGGAAGCGGAUGAGUAAAGGAAUAGCGGUUUAGAUCUUGUUAGUUGUGGGGGGUGUCUAUGUAUGUUGUAUGCCGUCUUAAGAUGUGAUUUCAUUGCAGGAUGAGAUGAUCAGUCAUGAGAUUGGCGUCCCAAAUGACACCCUAUUCCCUGAGUAGCGUACUACUCUCGGUCAAAAGUAGUGCACGACAUACGGAAUAAGGCGCCGUGUGGGACGCAACCAUAAUUGUUUUUACAUAUUUACGUUCAUAUGCAAGGUCAACUAGUCUAGUGUCAAUUUAGACUUCACUGAAAUCCACAGAAGACCUACUUUCUGAGGGAUUUCUGAGGUUCUUUUUGCCAACACGGAACUCUUUGUCAUUGUAACACCAGCAUAUGAGGAGAAUACAUUUAUUUGCAUACUGGUUUUGAUUGUUGGUACAAGUACUACUAGUUGUUGCGUGCUGGUGGUUUUAAGAGCGCCUAAGUCUUUAUCUGGUAUUUCUUGUGGUAAACAAUAAAAUGUAGUUUUCUGCUAUCCCAUUCACAGGAGUCUGUUUCCUAGCCGUAUAAAGCACAUUGCUAGUUAGGCUCUCUUAGAGAGAGGUACUAUCAGUGUCAGUAGAAAUCUACAUGUAUUUUCAUCUCAGAAAAAAAAACGGAUAAAUUCAUCACGUGGUGUCUAUUGGUGACUCUUCUCGUUCUAAAUUUUGCUGUGAAACGAGCAUGUCAAAGACUAGUUCAGUGGGCACAUGUUGGCAGUGGAAGUGGCUAGGCUACUAUAAGGAGUAGGCAGUAGGGUUUUGGCAGGGUGCAGUGACUUCAUUAUUUUAGAUAGCUAUGGUGCUAGAGGAUGAACCUGGAACGUGUUACUUCAAUUAAUCUGGUACUGUACUUAGAUAAUAAUACUUGAUACAUGUCAUCAACUAAACUUUGCACUAUUUGUUUUGUUUCUGGACAUACAGAAGCAAAAAGGGAACAUGUGAAGCUAGUUUCAUAUUCUCUGAAAUGUAAAGAGGAAUAUUGAAAGUUCUGAGUCACAUUUAUAAGCCCUUUAAAAUUUCAGUUAUACAACAAAUUGAGUUUUUUUCCCCUCUUGGAUUUCAACUUUUCUUUCCGUUUGACUUGCGCAUUAUUAUUAUAUUUUGUGACAGGGUAAUCAGUUUCAGAAUAUCUAAACGUUGACUAAUUCGAUUAACCUCUACAUGGAGAAAUUCACACAAGUUAAAAUGUUUUGUUUACUGCCAUGUAAAUGCCUACUAGACAUACUUCCGUGCAAGAUAAAAAUAACUUUAGACUUAGUGCUCACUUUCGUUGAUUUAAACCUGUGGAGUUCCACUAACAAUGGCUUAGUUUUGCAGUGGUGUUUUAUUUGUUUUUUGUUUACCUUUUUAGGUAGUGAAUUAUGAAACCACUGAUAUGUGGUAUUUUUUACCUUUUUAGGUAGUGAAUUAUGAAACCACUGAUAUGUGGUAUUUUUUUUGUUUUAUUUUUAAACCUGUUUCAGUUUAUUCAGUAUUACAGUAGCAAAUUGUAAUGUGGGUUUACUCCUUAGAUCAGAGUUUCCCAAACUCUGUCCUGCCCCCCCCGGAUGCACAUUUUGGUUUUUGCCCUAGGACUACACAGCUACUAAUCCAAAUAACCAACUAAUCAAGCUUUGAUUAUUUAAAUCAGCUGUGUAGUGCUAGGGCAAAAAAACCUAAAUGUGCACCCAGGAGGGGACCCAGGACUGAGUUUGGGAAAUCCUGGUGGCUCCAAAACAUUUACAAUUAAGUAGAAUUGGUUGAAAGGAAGAAGUGGGGUUUUUCCUUCACUACAAAUGUUAGAUAUGAAGGUAAAAGAUGAGGCAGCCCUUUUAGAAUGAAGGUAUAGCUUUAAUCAUUGGGUGAGUAGUAGACUGCACCCUGUGAGCAGGCAGAGUAUGACCUUUGACCUGUUUUGGAUGCUACAAACCUGAGCAGCCACUGCGUCCUUUCAGUUUGGACAAAUGUUAGGCAGAGCAGGCAGCACUGUUGGGUUGUUCCAACUCCUUCCCCUCCAUACAGUAGAAAUGCCGGUUUAUUUUUAGCAUGGUUUUCUUCUGGAGAUUUCACCUGGCUCUCCAUACAACAACCAUAUAGCUUCCAAAUUCCCCUCUGCUUUGUAUAAAUCUCUAAGUAGAAAAAAAGAAAGUGAAACCUGUGCGCUUCUUUAGUGUCUCAUUGACGUCUUCCUGCAACAAGGAGCUACCCUGGAGUACUCUGCUUAGAAAAGAGGACUUAUUUCGGAGAGAGGAGACAUUGCCUGUAUUGAUAGUCAUUGCUGCUUUUGAUUUGCAUGCUGUUUGGUUUGCAAACACAUUAUUUGGGUAGUUUGAUUCUGAAGGACUGAGAUGCACUUAUAUGGGCGGUCUUAAAUGGCAGAUGUAUAAUUUUUUGUCAUUUUUUCCUGAGAUGGUAUAAAAGACAUGUUGUACCUUAUCUGCUUAUUUAGAAACCAGUGCUGUUUAUUCCAUGAGAUAUCAUUAGUUUCUUUUCAAGAAAAAAAUAUAUACAAUUUUAUAUAUUUUCAAAUGUAUAAUUUCCAUCCUGUGUUUAAAAACUUGAAUUUUAUUUAAACUUGAAAAUGACUUUGCCUUAACUUUUAUACGAGACAACGUAGAGUUAGUUUAUUAUUUUUUUUCAAACCCCAACAUUUUACUAAGGGAGACGCAUGGAAAUAUUUAGUCAUACCUAACGUCAGAAGUCUUACUUGGUCUUAAAGUACAAAUCAAGCAGCAUUUUGGUUUUGUAAAAUUUAUCUCAAGUCUCUUUUGAUUAACCUUGUUCCUUGUUUCUGUUUGAUUUUGGGGGAAAAUAUAAAUCCUGUAAAUGCAAAAUAGUCAAUACUGUAUCAAAUAUGUGCACUUUGAACUGUGUGCUUUGCUUGUACAGUUGUAAAUAAUCAGAAAAUAUAAAGAGGUACCUUAAAAUGAUUUAAAAAAACAUAUAUUGAUCUUGUUGAACUAUUAAUGUCGCUUUUGAGCUGGAUGUAGGAUAACUAAAUGUUUGAAUUUCUUUUUAAAAAUGUUGUUCUGAUGUGAAGAAUUGCGUCUGCCUCACUUUGCAAUGUGGGCAGGCUGUCUGAUUGUAACUUUUUAAAUGUCCUUCUCAUUCCAUUUCCAUGUGUUUUCUCAACAAACAGGUGUUUGUUUCUGUUGUUUAGCCCCUUCACUGUGCACAAUGAGAAAAGGGGAGAACCUACCUGUUGUACAAACACACAUCUUCAAAUGAUAGUACAAAGUCCGUACUCUGUCCUGUGACAGACAGCUUAUAUCAAUCUGAUGUGUGAUUUGGCCCAUAAAACAGUUAUUUAUGAAUCACAAUAAAGCACAUUUUAAGCACAGGAACAUCAAAUCUUUCACACACAACCAAUGUCAAUUCCGCAGCAGCAUAUGGUAUAAUUUGUACCAGACAACCGUUAAUCAUUUGGCCCAAAUUGAUUAAGCAUUGUUGGUAUUUUGUUGAUAUUCUGUCAUUUGUUUUUAUUUGAAGUUUUGUUUUUCAUGAAAAUGUAUAUCAACUGAACUUUUGUAGCCCCCAGAAGUAAUAACUGUACUUUCUUUUUUUUGGUAGGCUUUACCAGUGUUUAGACUCAAUCAUAAUAGUGUAGAUAUUUUUUACACUUAUCAUUUCUGCAAGAAAAUUAGUUCCGGCACACUGUAUAACAUACUGUGCGUUGUCUUUUUGUAUAAUUUGAUCACACACGUGGACUGCAUUUAAUGUGGCAAAAAAAAACAACUGUGCCAUUUAAUUUGUUUCAGCCUGGCAGUUUGUUUGACUUGUACAUAAUAUUUAAGCACCUGCCAUUAUAUUUUGAUAUUUGUUGUUACUCAUGGGAAGUGUAGCUGGUCCAGAAUUAUAAAACUGGGAAUUAAAAUCUGAUACCACUGACAUUAGACAAAGUACUCAUAGCAACCUGCAUCUGACCGGGUAUCUGAUCUGGCUUAUGAAGUCGAGGCAUGUUUGUCUGUAAAUUUAAGCUGGUCUAUGCUAGUAGGCAUAUCUAAUGCAAAAUGCUAAUGCUGUUGUCUUUGCAGAUUGGAUAUGUUAUCAAGCUGGGCACUGUGGGUGUGUGUGAGCGUGAAGUGUACCACCUGGGGUCAGCAGAAGUAUAAAACACAAAUGCAAAGUUGACUGACGGUUGAAGUCAAGUUAACCCAAGGUUCAUUCACCAGCUAGGUGUGUGCAGCAUGAUAAGGAUUUUUCAUUAAAUGUUAUUGGUUCAUCUCUCCAGAAGAUGAUGGCACUGCUUACAGUACGAAAGACUGACUGAACUUGUGUUGAACCUUUUCUUCUUUCUUUUGCUCGCACUACUAAAGCCCUGUUGUAAUGUUCGGGCUGUUCUCCUUGUGUUACUGUACACAGACAAUGUCUCUCAUAUCAGGCCGUCUCGUUCUCUUUGCCCAGUUCGCUUCGAUCUGCUUCGUCUCACCAGUUUGACAGUGCCAUGUAUUUUUUGCAACGGCUACAGCUUGUUGUAAGUUGACCUUGCUUCUAAAGUGAUGUGACAAUGCACCAACUGACUGGAAUGAGACACAGCCAUUGUCUCACUAUCAACUCACUGUGGUCAAUUAACUCAUUUUUACCCAUACCAUGUUACGCUAACAGCAGUGGACAAUCGCUGACUUUAUGGGAGAGAAGAACCUAUGAACAUAACAGCAGUUCAUGGAGGUAUCUUUGAGUGCUUUUGAUUUGUCUUACCUAUUCUUCCAUUAAGACUGGAAUCAAGCGUACAUGUCAACUAUUGAUAAUUUAAGUUACUCUUGUGUCAUGUUAAGCUGUCUAAUUUGGAGGAAAAAAAUGUAGCUUACUGAAAAAUAAAGAUUUAGGCACUGUUA